AUGCCUCGUGGUCAUAAAAGUAAGCUCCGCGCCCGCGAGAAACGUCGGCAGGCCCAAGGUGACACCCACCGUGUCCAGGGUGCUGAGGCCACUGCAGCAGAGGAGGAAGGGUCCCCGUAUUCUUCCUCCUCUCCUGUUGGGGGGCCUCUGCAGAACUCUCCUGCUGCUCACACUCCCCAGGGGUCUCAGAGAGCGCCAUCCACCACCACUGCUACUGUAGGUGCUUCAGGCAGAACAGCUCCUAGAGGGGCCAAGCGCCAAGAUGAGGAACGGCCAAGCUCUUAUUCUACCCCAGGCCCCAAUGAGAGGUCACAUAGAGUCCCCCUAACCAGGAGGGUGACCAUGUUGUUCCAGUUCCUGCUGUCCAAGUAUGAAAUGCAAGAGCACAUUACCAAGGGAAAAAUGUUGAAGAUCAUCAACAAAAGGUACAAGGAGCACUUCCCUGAGAUCCUGAGGAGAGCCUCUAAGUGCAUAGAGCUGGUCUUUGGCCUUGACGUGAAGGAAGUCGAUUCCAAAGGUCAAUCGUAUACCGUUGUCAGCAAAUUGGAGAUCGCUGAGGAAGAGGAUCUGAGUGGUGGCAGGGGGUUUCCCAAGACCGGGAUUCUGAUGCCUCUCCUGGCCAUGAUCUACAGGAAUGGCAACCGGGCCACCGAGGAGGAGAUGUGGGAAUUCCUGCAUGUGUUUCAGAUGUACGAUGGGAAGAUGCACUUCAUCUUUGGGGAGCCCCGGAAGCUCAUCACCAAAGAUUUGGUGCAGGCAGAGUACCUGGAAUACCGGCAGGUUCCCAAUAGUGAUCCUCCACGCUAUGAAUUCCUGUGGGGUCCCAGAGCCCAAGCUGAAGCCAGCAAGGCAAAAAUCCUGGAGUUUUUGGCCAAAGUCAAGGAUACCAACUCCAGUGCCUUAGAAGCCUUGUAUAAUGAACCUUGGGGAGAUGAGUAAGAGACAGCCUCAGGCAGAGAAUGGGCCGGGGCUUGUCCUCAUGCCAGGGCCAGGGCUAGUGUCAAGGAGAGUCUAGCCGGUCCUCCCAUCCCUGGUGAAGUCUGAUGCAGGUCCUUCACUUUGUUGUUGAAAAUGGCUGGUUAACCUUCUAAGUAGUAGAGGCAACAUGGGGCCGGAGUAGGCACAUGUAUGUCUUCUCAUAUUCCCGUUACACUUGAGUGACUUAUAGAUUUAGCUCGUUUUUUGUAUUUUUCACAUGUUGUUCUUUUUAACUGAAGGAUUGUUAAGAUUCAGAAUCUAAAUUCACCUCAUGUAUUGCUGUUUUUUUCAGAUUUCAGGGUAAGAGUUUUAUAUUGUGUAAAACAAGUUGAAAAUCCUUGAAACGUUUCUUAUAAAUCCGGAACUAGUUAACGUGGUAUCGGAAUAGGAAUGUCCUUGGAAAUAUUAAAGACAUCCACAAGAGUUAGUUGGGAUGACAAGGUAGAGGUGGAAAACCAUAAAAGUUGGUCAAUUCUUGGUUUCCCUUAUUCCACUUGGUAAAAGUAGAACAUUCAUGUGCUUGGAUUUGUUCAUCUUAUUUAAGGAUGUGGGAGAAAAUAAAUUGUGAUGAUUUGACCUCUUGUUCCCUGCCUCUUAUUUUCCCCAAACAGUAAUUGAGCGUCUGCCCUUUGGAAGGCUCCAUGUUAGUACUGGGGCCCUUUAAGUAAAGGUGUGGCAGCCGGUGUAUAGAUUUUAGAGUCUAAGAGCAACAACAAAAUAAGGAGAGGGUUGAGAGACUCUCCAAGACCUCAGGACUAGUAGAAAAGGAGUGAGCACUUCAGGGUUCCCUCUAGCGUAAAUGUCCUGAGGGAGGGCAUUUUGGGGCCUUGGGAUACUUUGAUCUCUCAGUGUGUGCUGGGGGAAUUUUAAGUUAGGAACAUAGGGUAGGGAAGGGUAGGUGGUGAGAAGAGCAGGUAGGGGUGAGGCUGGGGGCUGGGGCAAGUCCAGAUGAGGCUAUGGGAGCGGUGGGCAGGAUCAGACACUCCCAUCAUGUGUCUCGGCGUAGAAUGGCUGCGCCUGGAAUGGCAACCAGCUCUUCACACUGCCUCUGGAACUGGGGGUAAAGCAGAGAGAAAUCCCCCUGGAGCACUCUGGAAGGUGUCCUGUGUUCUUGUCCCAGUGCACUUGAACAUAAAUGCUGACUGUGUGUUAUGCACAUCAUUUCCAGGGUUUCUGAGAUAAUAGGGAGAUAUUCCAUGUAAGGAAGCCAGUGUUAGUAGCUUUUUGUCUUUGGUUGGGGGAUCCAGAGGCCAUGCCAUUGAAAGGACAGUAGAAUGAGGUUGUCUUGAGUGUCAUUUGGCAAACGCCAAGUGAAGACUGGACUUUUGGCCGUGGUGAUGAAAAUUGGGGUGACGUAGAUGCAACGGCAGUUGGGAGGGAAAGUUGUUUGUCCUUCAUAGCACUUCUAGGAGCUUUGUGUUGCAUUAAACUGGGACAGUCUACCCACAUGUGUAUUAAAAAAUAUACUCCCUAGCAUGGAUUGAAUUUAUGCACCGUGUCCCACAAAAACAGGUCCUGUCCAUAAUGACACAGUACCAUGGUUAUAAUGCUAUUUGGGAAUAUGUGUUUUUAUGUAAAGAGUGGAUUGUAAGGCCUGUCUUGAGACAACCUAACACCUUCUCAAGAGGAAAAAGAUGUUGCACGCAGCUCCCGUAAGAAUUUAUAGCCUUGGAAACUCUAUAGGGCAAUUCUAUUGUGUCCUGUUGCAUCCCUGUGAGUCAGAAUCUUCUGGACAGCAGUGUUUUGUUUUGUUUUUUGUCCGAGGGUUGUCUUAAGUCCAAUCUCUUUUGAGAGAGAAAGGAGGUGAUUCAGCAAGCAAGUAAUCACAAGUGAGGAAUGAUAGUUGCCAUGCCAGGUGAGGUCUCCAAGGAAAGAUGAAACAGAAGCUGAAGAAAGACAAGGACCUUCCCCCACAGCAAACAAAGAGUUAAAGUUAUCCCCUAGAACCAGCACCUGAAUUUAGAUUUCUAGCCUCCUAAAUUGUGAGAAAAUAAUUUUCUAUUUGCUGAAGCUUUCCACUUGUGGUAUUUCAGUUAUAACAGCACUAGAUAACUAUGACACUCUCUAAUGAGUGAUAAAGUGCUUUGACCUUGACUACUAACAUAAAUGUUGGGAGUGCAGACCCAUGCAGGGGCACUGCAGAAGAAAGACCUGGCAA